CUCCGUUGACCUUCCCCUUUACUUAUUUUUCACAACACAUCUUUUCAUGGAUAUAUCACCAUUCACCUCCCCUCAAAUUAUACGUAGUAUUCAUUCUGCUGCUUUUUCCUUUAUUACCAAUUUAUUUAUGAUAUGGCAACUCAUAAAACGAUUGAACCCAAAAGGAAGCAAUCCUUUGUAUGCAGCUGGGUUCCAUCACUAAUUUUUCUUUCAACGGUUUUCUUCAUAGGGAGUGCUCUGUUACUUACUGAUUAUAAAGAGAGUUUGUUGGGAUGCAGUCAGCAUCCAAUAAAGGUGACAAAAUCCAAGAUUUGUGAGAAAGAGUGCAUUCCUGAUGGAACUGAGACACUACCAAGAGGUAUCGUCACAAGAACUUCUGAUCUGGAGAUGAGGCCACUUUGGGGCCCUCCUAAGAAGAAGAAGUCGAAGUCGCCAAUGAACUUACUGGCUAUUGCAGUUGGGAUAAAGCAAAAGAAAAAUGUAAAUAAAAUUGUAAAGAAGUUCCAGCUCACUGAUUUUGCCAUCAUGCUUUUUCAUUAUGAUGGCAAUGUGGAUGGAUGGAAAGAUCUAGAAUGGAGUAGUGGUGCCGUACAUGUUUCUGCUGUAAACCAAACUAAGUGGUGGUUUGCCAAGCGGUUCUUACAUCCUGAUAUUGUGGCAGCAUACGACUAUAUUUUCCUGUGGGAUGAAGAUCUUGGUGUCGAACAUUUUCACGUUGGAAGAUAUCUGUCAAUUAUUAAAGAAGAGGGACUUCUAAUAUCGCAGCCUGCAAUUGAUGCUGACAAAUCCGAGGUCCAUUACACACUUACAGCAAGAAAAAUGAAUUCUACAUUACACCGGAGGGCUGUUAAUUUACAUGGCCCAGGACAUAAGUGUUUUGAGAACAGUAUGGACCCUCCGUGCACGGGGUUCGUGGAGAUGAUGGCUCCUGUGUUCUCAAGAGAAUCGUGGCGUUGUGCUUGGCACAUGAUUCAGAAUGACCUUGUUCAUGCAUGGGGCUUGGAUUUUUUGCUGGGGUACUGUGCACAGGGAAAUAGAACCGAAAAUAUUGGUGUUGUCGACUCUGAGUAUUUAAUCCACUCGGGUGUUCCUUCCCUUGGAGGUUCAGGAGAUGGAAAGACGAAUGCUGAAAUUGAUCGGCUAGCUUCCAUGACAACCACAGUGGAUGGAUUUGAUGGUAGAACUUCUGUGAGAAUAGCAUCGUAUAUCGAGCUAAAUAAGUUCAAAAAUAGGUGGGGGAAUGCUGUGAGAGAAGAUGAGUGUUGGGUAGAUCCAUUCCAUCAACCCCCUUAAGCCCAGCUGAUCAUCAUUAUACACUAAUAAAUAUAGUUUCACCACACACCAAAAUACUUGUACAAAACAUAACUUCGUUCUAUUCAAAUGAGAAUAUUUUUUGUUUCUGAUUUGUGAAUGGCUGCUCUGCCUGCUUGUUGGCUUUUUUUACUCCUUUUCUGCUCUCAAAAAUCCUAUCACGAUUCAAGGAAAUCGUGGUAGGUUUUCUUUAAGGUGCAAAAUAUAUUAUGUGGUACGGUUAGGUACAAGCGGACGAGCAUACCGUUGUCUGAUCUAAAAAUUAAUUGCUAUUCAUAUCGCGAAUGAAACCUUAGCACUGUCAAUUUUUGUCAAAAAAAAAUCAAUUAAUAAAAUAUUUCAAAUUCGAAACUAACAAAAGUAAUGCUACUAUAAUAUUUUGGACAACCAUAGUGUUUGAUUCUAACUAAUGCUCCGUUUAAGUUACUAAUCGAAUUAUAAUAAUUUUGGCAGCUAAAUUAAAUGAUACUAUCACUAUAAGGAUAAAAAAUGAAUCAAUUCAUAAUAUUAAGGCCUCAAAACAUUAAAUAUAAUAUAUUACACCAAUUUACUAUGUUUAGGAUGAAAAUAAAAAUGAAUAUUGAUAUUGUUUCUUGGGGCAAAAUAGUAAACAUUUAGAACCUUAUAGCUAAAGUGCAAUUUACCAAAAAGCGGAAGCUAUUGGGCGACUGGAUACCCAAUCCACAUCUUCUCCACCCCAACUGUAAUGGCCGCACCUCUCUAUCCUCUUUCUCUCUCCUUAGUUUACAAGCUUAAACCUCUCUAUUUGUUCACUGCCCACAAGCCAUUUUCUCCUCUCCGCUCUCCAUCACUUUCACUUCCACUUCCACACUCUCGAAGAUGGUGUAAUCUCAAUCCACCCGAUGCAUUCACCCCCAAAACCACCAAAAGAUGGAAAAUCUCCGCCACAAACUAUGAUUUGCUGCUUGCAGAAGCAACCCCAGCUGAGAGUUCUCAAGCAAUAGUUUCGACUAGCGACGAUGGUGUCUCGACUAUUAUAUCCGUUCUCCUUCUCAUCGCGUUUAUCGGUUUAACCAUUCUCACCGUAGGGGUUAUCUACAUAGCUGUGACGGACUUCGUGCAGAAGAGGGAGGGAGAGAAGUAUAAGAAAGAAGAAGCUGAGAGGAAGAAGAAGGGUAGUAAGAAAGGGAAAGUUAGAGCCAGAGCUAGAGAUGGACCUAGAGGUUUUGGGCAGAAGAUCCAACAAGAUGAAGAUGAUGAUGAUUUUGAUCUUGAUUAAGCAGACUGAUCAAAGUUGUGCAGUGAGAAUUUCAUGACAUUUGCAGCUUUGUUUGUGGAGGAAUAUGAUUUAUGAAUAGCUGAAUUUUUUAAGAAAUGUUAUUUACUGCUUUCUGUGUUUA